CACGACCUAACUCUCAGGAUCGAAAAAGUUCUGAAUAUAAAUGUACUAUUUUGGGGAUUAGUCAUCAAAAAUACCUCCAGCCUUCCUAGCUCAGUGGUAGAGCGCGUCACUAGUAAUGACGAGGUCGUCAGUUCAAUUCUGGCGGAAGGCAUUCUUUUUGCCACACAGGGCUGGUCCUCCCCACAAACCACCAUCAUGCAACUUUUUGGGCAAUAUGAGCACAGUCAUUUUUAUCUACACCGUUAUUGA